CGAUUAUGUUCAUUCGGAUACAUGGUCCAACCAUGGUAUGCUCAUUUGAAAUAAGAACACGGGACAAGGCGCGCGUUCCCGCAUAAUUUUAAAACAGAUUAUAACAAAACUAUUUUUUUUUUAUUUAUAAGUAACUCGUGAGUUUUAUAUAUUUUGGCUGUGAUAAAAAAUAAAUAAAAAUGUUAAAAUAUACAGUGAAAAAAUAUUGUUCCGAAGGAAGCAAAAUUAACCAAGUAAUGGUGGCAGUUUUGAUGGUGCUGCCCGUAUUUUCUUAUGGCAUGGGGAUCGGUUGGUUAUCACCAAUGGGAGCACGGCUCAUGUCAGAAGAUUCACCCGCAGCAGAAGCAGUACAUCCCGAUGUAAUAUCUUGGAUGGCGUCCGUCCCCUACCUCGUCGGUACACCGGCGGUAUUUCUAUUCGGGUUUAUAGUGGACAAUUAUGGAAGAAAAAAGGCGCUCAUGUUGACAUCAUUUUCGAUGGCUGUAGCCUGGGGGUUAAAAUUAUAUUCCACUGAGAACUGGGCUUUGAUAUCAGCUCGAGCUGUCAUCGGCCUUGGAGUUAGUGGUUCAUAUGUGGUAACCCCUCUCUAUAUAAAAGAGAUCAGUGAUGAUUGCAUCAGAGGAACACUGGGGAGUCUUGUAGUUUUAUCACAGAAUUUGGGCAAUCUCCUGGUGUACAUAAUCGGAGAGUAUUUAUGCUACCACGCGACCUUGUGGAUUUGUUUAGCGGUACCACUGAUACAUUUAUUGGUCUUCCCAACGAUGCCAGAGACUCCGUCGUACUUAUUGAAAAGCGGUAAAAUUGAAGAAGCUCGCUCAGUUUUGGCCUGGUUGCGCUGCCGGCAGACCACUGAUACUGUCGUGGACAGCGAAUUACAGACAUUACUCUUGGAACUGGAACAGAGUAAUUCUAGAAAGUUCUUUCCAACGUUAAAGACAUUAGUGUCUGACCGCAGCACAUUCCGUGCGUUCCGAAUAACUUUAACAAUAACGCUUGCGAGGGAAUUGUGCGGUUGCCUGGCUGUGCUACACUUUGCUUCGCUGAUCUUCAGUAAGGCCGGCGGCGGCUGGGUUCUGUCAGCUAAUGAACAAGCAAUGGUGUUGGGAGUAGUUCAACUCGUCGGAUCUUGCACUGCGUCUAGUUUGGUUGAAAGGACCGGCCGGAAGCCGUUGCUGGGCACGACAUGCGCGGUGUCCGGCGUGGCGCUGGCGGCGCUGGGCGCGUGGUUCGCCAUGAGUAACGGCGAGCACGCGUGGCUGCCGGUACUGGCGCUGUGUCUGUGCAUCUACUGCGACGCCGCUGGCCUGCAGCCCGUGCCCUUCGUUAUAAUGACCGAGAUGUUUUCUUUCCAGUACCGCGGUACGGUCACGUCGAUUGUAAUAGCAUUCGCGUGUGCUCUAGUCUCAGUACAGCUGCGAGUCUUCCAACCUUUGGCCGCAGAAGUUGGAUUAUAUCUAGUUUUUUGGAUCUUCGCCGCUGUAUGUCUCGUCAGCACGGCCUACAUCGCCUUCUACGUUCCAGAAACCAAGAGACGAUCUAUAGAAGAGAUUUAUGCAGAACUCGGCGGGAAGAAAGAAAAAGACGCAGAAGCUGACGUCACGAGGCUCUAAGCUGAUUGUAAUAUUUAGAAACGGAUUUCUUUUGAAGCAACUUGUCAAUGUGCUUUGGAUAAAGGCUUAUUAAUAAUGCCGAUUAAGUUGCGAGUUGUAUAGUCAUCAUCGUAGUAGAAAUAUGUUCUAGUAAUUAAAUAUUAUUUUUAUUUUAAAAGAUAAAAAGAUAUCCUUAAUGUACGCUGUAAGUUUAAACGAUAUUUUAUCUAUAUUAAUAGCUCUGUUGUCUGUGCUGUUAACUUUCUUGGCUUUAAUCAGUUUUUAAUGUUAGUAUGUGUUAAUAUAUCUUCAGAUUUAUAUCUACGUCUGGCUGAGAGAAUGCGUCUGAG